AUGGAUAGCGGAAGUGACGUUGAACCACCUCCGAAAGUAUCGAAAACAGUCGAUGAGCUCGUGAAGAAACUGGAGGGUUUGAUUGGAAGCCACCAGUACGCUCGUCAACUUCUGCUCAAAGACGACGAUCGAAUCGGAAAAAAGUUCUUUAAUGCUUCAUCGGGAAAACAUGCAUUCGUUAUCGAUUUUCGUAUUUCGAAAGGAAAAACGACGGCAGCGGUUCAGUACGAGGGCGAGAGAAAACCGAUACAUAUCGACUUCGAUCAUUUUCAGAAGUCGAUCGAUGACGGAACAUUCCAAUUUUCUUGA